GCUGAGCCUGCUGUGAGUGGAGGAGACGAAAGGGAGGGAGCCAGCCAGCCAGCCACAGAGGGCUUUAAAAAAGGCCAGCCAGAGUUUGUGUUUGAUCCCGGCAGGCCUGUCCUCGGCUUCUAGCUGCUUCCACGGGACGCUUUUCUUUUGUUUUCUUUGGCUUCGUUUUCUUCUCAUUUAUUUCCAAAUCACGUUCUUUCCCCCAAGUACACGUAAAAUCCGUUUUCUGACCUUUUUUAUUUCGAGGGGCCCAAGUUCUCUCCCCCCUUCCCUCUCCCCGAGAUCCCAAGCAGCCUCCACGGGGCACUCGAUGGCUGCGCGCUUCCAGAAAGGAGUCACCUCUGUGUGUAAAAUGGGUGUCCUAGUGGUGACGAUGAUGACGAUGACCUCUGCAGCCCGAGCUCGAGGCCCAGCACCCUGGCCAGGACUCAGGCCAACCCUGGUUCCGUCGUCCUCUGUUUUCCGAUACGUUUCAGUCGGUUGCUUCAACUCCGCUGCCAUUCGCUCGCCAAUGUUGUCCCUGUGGCGGGCCUUGGAAGAGGCCUCUUAACGAAAGGUGGUUUUUUUGCUCAGGAGAAACCGGUUCAGGGAAGACCACGCAGAUCCCACAGUACCUCUACGAGGCGGGCCUGGGCCGCCAAGGCGUCAUCGCUGUGACGCAGCCUCGCCGAGUGGCCGCCAUCUCCCUGGCCGCCAGAGUCUCCGAUGAAAAGAGGACAGAGCUGGGCAAGCUGGUGGGUAGUUGGCUGAGCUUCCCAGGUGGGCUACACCGUCCGCUUUGAUGACGUCACUUCCGAGGACACCAGAAUCAAGUUUCUCACCGACGGGAUGCUGCUCCGGGAAGCCAUUUCUGACGCGCUGCUGCGGAAGUAUAGUUUCGUCAUCCUGGAUGAGGCUCACGAGCGGACCGUCCACACGGACGUGCUCUUGGGUGUGGUGAAAGCUGCCCAGCGCCGGCGGAAGGAGCUGGGGAAGCCCGUGCUCCGAGUCUUGGUCAUGUCGGCCACCAUGGACGUGGACCUCUUCUCCCGGUACUUUGACGGCGCCCCCGUCCUCUACGUGGAAGGUCGGCAGCAUCCCAUCCAGGUUUACUACACCAAACAGCCCCAGAGUGAUUACCUCCACGCCGCGCUGGUCUCCAUCUUCCAGAUUCACCAGGAAGCGCCACCUUCUCAGGACAUCCUGGUGUUCCUCACGGGUCAGGAGGAGAUCGAGGCCCUUUGCAAGGCCUGCCGAGACAUAGCCCGGCACCUCCCCGACGGCUGCCCGCCGCUGCUGGUCUUGCCACUGUACGCCUCCCUCCCCAGCUCCCAGCAGCUCAGGGUCUUCCAGGGGGCCCCCAAGGGUUCUCGCAAAGUGAUCGUGUCCACCAACAUCGCCGAAACCUCCAUCACCAUCGCAGGGAUAAAGCACGUGAUUGACACCGGCAUGGUCAAGGCCAAGAAGUAUAACCCUGAGAGCGGCCUGGAGGUGCUGGCCGUCCAGCGGGUGUCAAAGACCCAGGCGUGGCAGCGGACGGGCCGGGCCGGCCGAGAGGAGAGCGGGGCUUGCUACCGCCUCUACACGGAGGACGAGUUUGAGAAGUUCGACAAGAUGACCGUCCCGGAGAUUCAGAGGUGUAACCUGGCUGGUGUCAUCCUGCAGCUCUUGGCCCUGCGAGUGCCCAACGUCCUCAGCUUUGAUUUCAUGUCUAAGCCGUCCCCGGAGCGUCUGCAGGCGGCCGUGGAGCAGCUGGAGCUGCUGGGGGCGCUCCAGCGCAAGAAGGACGAGCCUCUGGCGCUGACCCCGACCGGAAGGAAGAUGGCGGCCUUCCCUUUGGAGCCCAAGUUUGCCAAAACCAUCCUUCUCUCCCCCAAAUUUCACUGCACAGAGGAGAUACUGACCAUUGUUUCCCUGCUGUCUGUGGACAGUGUCCUCCACAACCCUCCCUCCCGGCGGGACGAGGUGCAGGGGGUCAGGAAGAAGUUUGUCUCCAGCGAGGGGGACCACCUGACCCUGCUCAACGUGUACCGCGCCUUCAGGAACGUGGGGGGAAACAAGGAAUGGUGUAAAGAGAACUUCGUCAACAGCAAGAAUAUGCUGCUCGUGACAGAAGUCCGAGCCCAGCUCCGGGACAUCUGUGUCAAGAUGUCGAUGCCCAUCGAGUCCUCGCGGGCAGACACGGGGAACGUUCGCCGCUGCCUCGCUCACGGCCUCUUCAUGAACACGGCCGAGCUUCAGCCUGACGGGACCUACGUCACCGUGGACACCCGCCAGCCGGUGGCCAUCCACCCGUCCUCCGUGCUGUUCCACUGCAAGCCGGCCUGCGUCGCCUACAACGAGCUCUUGUCCACCAACAAGUGCUACAUGCGGGACCUGUGUGUGGUGGACGCAGACUGGCUCUAUGAUGCGGCCCCCGACUACUUCCGCAGGAAGAUGAGGGCCGCCCAGAGCUGAGCCCCGCGUCCUCGGGCAGGACAGGGAGGCCCCUUCGUCACUGGGUGAUGGACCGCGUGGGCUGGGCACGAAUCCGCCUCGGGUCGCUCAAGUUUUUAUCUGUAAACAGUUUUUCAAUCGAAAAUGCAAUAAAUUUACUUUUGUAAGAGU